AAUAUGUCCGGACGUGGCAAGCAGGGCGGCAAAGCUCGCGCCAAGGCCAAGACCCGCUCUUCGCGGGCCGGGCUGCAGUUCCCCGUGGGCCGAGUGCACCGCCUGCUCCGCAAGGGCAACUAUGCCGAGCGGGUCGGGGCCGGCGCGCCGGUGUACCUGGCGGCGGUGCUGGAGUACCUGACGGCCGAGAUCCUGGAGCUGGCGGGCAACGCGGCCCGCGACAACAAGAAGACGCGCAUCAUCCCGCGCCACCUGCAGCUGGCCAUCCGCAACGACGAGGAGCUCAACAAGCUGCUGGGCCGCGUGACCAUCGCGCAGGGCGGCGUCCUGCCCAACAUCCAGGCCGUGCUGCUGCCCAAGAAGACCGAGAGCCAUCACAAGGCCAAGGGCAAGUGAGGUUUAAGACCUGUGCAGCAGAAGCCCAAGGCUCUUUUCAGAGCC